AUGGCCAUGUUUGGAGGAAAGGUCCCGGAAAACGACCCAGACUUAAAACUAAGGACGGCCGUGGACCAGCAGUGUGAAGAGAAGAUCCGGGGCAUCGUGGAGAUGCACUUCCCCUCCCAUACCUUCCUUGGCGAGGAGACGGCAGGCCCAGACCUGGAUGCCACGCUGGCCUCUGGGGGCUGGCUGUGGAUCGUGGACCCCAUCGACGGCACCACGAACUUCGCGGCCGGACAGCCGAUGUCGGCAGUCUCCAUCGGCGUGGCUUUUGAUGGCAAGCUGCAAGCGGGCGUGAUCUACGAGCCCUUCCGGGACGAGCUCUUUGCCGCUGCCCGAGGGGCGGGCGCCACGCUGAAUGGUGCCAGCAUCUCCGUGUCCAAGACGGACACUUUGUCCAAGGCCGUGGUCGCUUCAGGGGCGCCGCCGAAUCCACGUUCUGCCGCGCCGUGCUUUCGUGCAAUGACCUUACUGGCGCCUCCGAAGACCAGGACUAUUCGCAUCCUGGGAUCCGCUGCCAUCAACUUCGCAUGGCUGGCUUGCGGCCGCCUCGACGCCUGGUUCGAGGCCGACUUGAAUAGCUGGGAUUCCGCUGCCGGAGUGCUCCUGGUCGAGGAGGCGGGCGGCGCCGUGACCGACUGCCUGGGGACGCCUUUUGCGCUCACCACGCGGCCGAUCUGCGCCACGAACGGCCGCAUCCACGCCGAGCUCCUUGAGGUCUUGGCCGUCUCGCGAUGUACCGGCCUGGACGUAGACUGA